AUGCGCUGGCAACUCUUUGCACAACGCGGUGGCUUGAUUGCCGCCGCCGCGGCCGCGGCUUUUUUGACGCCGCUUUCGGCUUCCGCCCAAAACCCUGGUGACAGCUUCUUUUUUGGUGACUUCGAGUCGGGACUCGGCACCUGGGCGAUCGACGCCACCGGCGAACAAGGCGGAGCGAUCUCGAUCGCUCUGUCGAGUGACGGCGUCACCCAAGGCAGCCAAAGCCUGGCGAUUGAAACCGGCCCCGGCUUCGGCCGAGACGUGAUCUACAACGCGGACAUCUUCGACACGACGAUCUUCGACGCGUUCAGCUCCGCCGGCGCCGACCCGACACGUUGGUCGGUCGAUUUCGACGUCACAUUCACUGAAGACAGUUGGGCCAACGUGGCCGACCCCGGGACGUUCUUGCUCAUCGGCGCCGUCGCCAACAGCGACGGGGGCUUCAUUCAGAACAACAACGUCGGCGCGGUUCCCACCGGUCAGGCCUCCGCGCUGAGCAUCAGCGUCCCCGUGACCGACCUCAACUACGUCGAGAACUCCGGCUUCUACCAGUUCUACGUACAAACCAACGGCAACCACACCAACGGUCCCGGCGGUGAAGGGGUCACCUACUUCCUCGACAACGUCCGCCUGACGUUCAACGGCGACCCACCGGUCUUCGUCGAAGACCAGCUCUUCUCCUGGGAGACUCCGGACGACCCCGGCACCCCCGGCGUCAACGAGCAGUUCGAAGGCUGGGUCGACGGCUUCGACAUCCCGCCGAACCCGGCGACGCACCUCCGCUCGAUCACGACCGACGGCGUUUCCGACGGCAGUUCUGCCCUCAGCGUCGACACCGACAACGGUGGUGGCUUCACCUGGGGCAGCCAGUUCGUGCUCGACGCCGGCGAAGAGGAAGGCGACCCGUCGCUCCAGGGCGAGGUCACCGAUUUCAUCGACCGCUUCAACGCCGCGUCGAAGAUCCUCUGGGACGUGACCGUUCCCACCGACCAGUUCCCGAACUCCCCGGGAUUCGCGCAGAACUUCCUGCACAUCGGGGACGACACCGGCGCCUUCUACCAGGUGCAAGCCCCCGACCUGUCGCUCAGCGAGGAGGGCGUGCAGACGCUCGAGGUCGACCUCAGCUCGAUCCUCGACGUGAACGGCUCGGGCCAGACCGUCGCCGACGGCCUCAACCCGGAGUCGACCUUCUUCCGCAUCGCCCUGGCGUCGAACUCGGAUGACAACUUCAGCUUCAUCCUCGACAACAUGCGGCUGCUCGUGGAAGAAAGCACCAACGACCUGAUGGCCGACUUCAACGGCGACGGCACCGUCGACCUGUUGGACCUCGACAUCCUCGGCGCCAACUUCGGCGGCCCCGGCGACAUGUCGACCGGCGACGCCAACGGCGACGGCACGGUCGACCUGCUGGACCUCGACAUCCUCGGCGGCGAGUUCGGCACGUCGGCCUCUUCGGCCGUCCCCGAGCCGACCGCCGCGGUCUUGGCCUUGUCGAUGCUCGUCGCGGCCGGCGCGUGGCCGUCCACCCACGGCCACGCCCCGCCGCAGGAGGAGUUCACGAGCAGGCGCUUACCGAUUCUCUGCCCGUCACUCGUCAAGAAGGAGCUGAGCAUGCCCCGGCGGAUCGUUCCUCGCGUCGCCUUCACGCUCGUGGAGCUGCUGGUCGUGAUCGCGAUCAUCGGCAUCUUGGUGGCGAUGUUGCUGCCCGCCGUCCAAGCGGCCCGCGAGUCGGCCCGCCGCAUGCAGUGCGUCAACAACCUGAAGAACUGCGCGCUGGGGAUGCUGAACUACCACGACACUUACGGGGCGUUCCCCGCGGCGGCGGAGACUCCGCGGGCAGGGAACUUCGCAAUGCAACUCGACAAUGCCCUGUUUCACAACUGGGCUAUUCGUAUCUUGCCAUACCUCGAAGAACAGUCGGUCUUCGACUUAUUCGAGAUCAACGAGAAUCGGCGUGUUAAGGACGACCAGUCGUUUGCAUCCGGCAGUCAACCGGACAACCGCAACCGCGACGCCCGUGGUUCAGAGAUAGGUGUAUACCUUUGCCCUAGCGACAAUGGCAUCGGGAACAAGUUUCAGGGCACGGUCGGCAACGGCGCUCCGGCUGGCUCUGGCGGUAACUGGGCCCGCGGAAACUACGGAAUGAACGCGGUUCAGUUCUACCCAACGGUUUGGGACGAGCUUGACGAUAGGUACGGCACCGCUGACGGAGAUGCCGCCAAGGGCUUCCAGUUCGGCGUUGGCGGCUUCAAGAGUCCCGAUAUCGACCAAACGCUAUCGAUAGCUCAGCUGACUGAUGGAACAAGCAAGACGGUCAUGCUCGCGGAGAUGCGAGUCGGCAUCAACGAAGACGAUCGUCGCGGCGUCUGGGCGAUGGGGAUGUGCGCGAGCAGCAUCCACUGUCGUCACGCUGAGUUCGUCCCCAAUCAGUGCGGGGCAGGUUUCGAUGACAUCCUCGGUGGUCCAGACCUCAUCAGCAAUCAUCUGUCCGCACUUGAACUCGAGUGCAUGGAGCCCUUCAACGGGGCAGAUGCAAGCGGCCAGUCAGUGGUCCGCAGUCGUCACCCGGGCGGCGCGAACGUCGCCCUGGCGGACGGGAGCGUGCGAUUCGUGGGCGACUUCAUACAGUCCGGCGAGUUCUCUAUCGGCGGCUAUCUCGAAAACCGCGAUGUGACGCCAAACAUCUUCUUGGCGUGGCAACGGCUCCUGAUCUCGCGGGACGGGUUGCCGAUCGGCAACGAGGAUUAG